CUUUCAGCAUUUCCCCAAGUCAUUCUUUGCUUUCCUUUAUACUUUUAACUAACCUCUCUUUCCUUCUUUCGGCAACACCAAAAAAAAGCAAAAUAGAUAUCAAAAACUCAAGAAUAGUAGUAAUAAUAUCAAAAUUUUCAUCAGCACUCAUUCAUUCAUCAUGUCUGUGUCGCCUUCAAAUGUUAGGUCAGUUAACUACAUCCACAGAACGUACCGUCUAUACUGGUGUUACCAGUGUCAUCGAUCCGUCAGAGUUGCCACAUCAAACAACCCAUCUGAAAUCAUUUGUCCCCGGUGUUUUGGCGAAUUCUUACAUGAACUUGAUGUAGUUAGGCCUAGGCCAAGGUCUAGACUUGUACUUGAUCUCUCUGGAAUCGAUGCAUCUCCAGAAGCUCGUCUGCUAGAAGCUCUUUCUCUUAUGCUGCUUAAUCCACAACAACCGCCACCGCAACAACAUCCAUUUCACCGUCGAAGGCGCAGCAGCUCUGAAUUUGAUUUCAGGAGAAACCGGUGGGAGUUUGAAAAUGAUAAUGGUAGUCGAGCUCCUUGGUCUUAUGACAUUCUAUUUCCUUCUUCUAACCAGAAUCCACAUUCUCGUCGUUCUCGUCGUAGAACCACCAAUGAGGACGAAGAUGAGGAUACGAGUCUGCCUACUUUUAACCCGAGUGAUCCCAGAGCUGUUGAUCCAAGGAAUUACUUUGCUGGACCAGGGUUGAACGAAUUGAUUGAGGAACUAACACAAAAUGAUAGACCUGGUCCGUCUCCGGCUCCUGCAUCAGCAAUUGAUGCGCUGCCGACGGUGAAGGUGACACAAGACUAUCUGACAAAUAACGAAUCAACUUGUCCAGUUUGUAAGGAUGAAUUUGAAGUUGGUGUUGACGUGAGAGAAAUGCCGUGUAAACAUGUCUAUCAUUCUGACUGCAUUGUUCCUUGGCUGAGGCUUCACAAUUCUUGCCCUGUUUGUCGCAAUGAGCUUCCAGCUGCCAAUGACCAGCAACAGCCUCAUGAGGAAGGUGAUAGCGAUAGUCAAGACACUUCGUCCAGUGUAGGAGGAAUGGAAGAACAUGGUGCUAGGAAUCGUCGUGGUGGGUGGCGGUGGAAUAAUUUAUCCUCUUUAUGGCCUUUCCGAUCGAGGCAACGCGAUUUUACUUCGCAUGAUGACAAUGCUUCUACUGCGACUCGUGGAGCAGCAAAUUCUUGGUGGCGUUCUUGGUUUCUUCUGUAGCAUUGCAUCUGCUGUCAAAUUAUGUACGAGUCCGAUUGAUAAGCUCUCCUGAACAUAUUUUUUAUUUUUUUUAAUUUCAGUUUGUAAGUUCAUACAUCCUGCUUCGAAACCAACAUCCCCUCUCCAAAUUUCUUCUUUUACCAAAAACAUGUAACGAGUCACAGUGUAUAUUAACUUGUACUAUAAAUUGUGUUCUAACGAACUGUUGUAGAAUUUCAAUUGGACAUAAAAAUUGUCCCAGAAUUAUAAAUGUAAAAAGAUACUUGCAUGAUAAACAAAAAUUGAUUUGAAUAUAUAA